GACUUGUGGUAUCAGCAACCUGACGGCUUUGCAGCUGACUGAAUUCUUGGUGCAAGAAAUCAGUGGUGGCAAGAUUCGAAGCGGGCACAACAGUCAACAUGAGCAUAGCCGGCAAAGUUAUUACAUGCAAAGCAGCAGUAAUGUGGGAAGCAAAUAAACCAUUUUCUAUUGAGGAAGUGGAAGUUGCCCCACCAAAAGCACAUGAAGUUCGCAUAAAGAUCGUGGCCACAGGGAUCUGUCGCUCUGAUGAUCACGUGGUAACUGGUGGACUGGUUAUGCCUUUUCCAAUAAUUCUUGGGCAUGAAGCAGCUGGUGUUGUGGAGAGCGUUGGGCAGGGAGUGACUUCGAUCCAACCAGGAGACAAGGUUAUUCCACUCUUCAUUCCGCAGUGUGGGGAGUGCAGCAGUUGCUUAAGCACCAAGGGUAACCUGUGCAGUAAAAAUGACAUUGGUUCAGCUGCUGGAUUAAUGCCUGAUGGCACCACUAGAUUCACCUGUAAAGGAAAAGCAAUUCACCACUUUCUUGGUACAAGCACCUUCACUGAAUACACAGUGGUGCAUGAAACUGCUGUAGCCAAAAUCGAUUCUGCUGCUCCUCUGGAAAAAGUUUGUCUAAUAGGCUGUGGAUUUUCAACUGGUUAUGGGGCUGCUGUGCAGACUGCCAAGGUAGAACCAGGCUCCACCUGCGCCAUCUUUGGCCUCGGAGGAGUUGGCCUCUCUGUUGUUAUGGGCUGCAAGGCAGCUGGAGCUUCCCGCAUCAUUGCCGUUGACAUCAAUAGCGACAAAUUUGCCAAGGCCAAGGAGCUGGGAGCCACCGACUGCGUCAACCCAAAAGAUUUCAAGAAGCCUAUUCAUGAAGUGUUGAUUGAAAUGACUGGCCCUGGUGUGGACUAUUCCUUUGAGGUCAUUGGCCGUACCGAAACCAUGGCUGCAGCCUUGGCCUGUUGCCAAUACAACUACGGAGUCAGUGUGAUUGUGGGAGUGCCACCCGCUGCCCAAAUGAUCACUUUUGACCCCAUGCUCCUCUUCACUGGUCGCACCUGGAAAGGGUCCAUCUUUGGAGGCUGGAAGAGUAAAGACGCAGUCCCUAAACUGGUUGCUGACUACAUGAAGAAAAAAUUUGUUCUGGAUCCGUUAAUAACCCACACACUUCCUUUCACUAAAAUCAAUGAAGGAUUUGAUCUGCUAAGGACAGGGAAGAGUAUUCGCAGUGUUCUGGUGUUUUAGGGUUCCCAACUGU